AUGGAACAUAUGGCAGUCGGUUCCAUUAGUCCCCAUGUCUACAAAUCGUAUAUUCAUUCUAUUGGCUACUUUUUAACAUUCUCCAUUAUUUUGUCUUUAUUGUUAAUGCAAGGUACUCGAAAUGCAUCUGAUUGGUGGUUAUCAUACUGGGUACAAAAUGGGAAUUUAUCUGCAGUAGUUUCAUCAUUUCAAGACUCAUCUUACCAAAUAGAAUUAUUCCCAGAUAAUCAUACGAAAAAUAAAUAUCUUCACUCAACUCAUAAUUUAUCAUCAAUUAAUUACAAUUCAUCCAUUAAUGAAUUGCUUCAAACGAGCAUACAUUCUGCUGUACGGUUUGGUGAGCCUAAUUCUAUCACUGGAUAUUAUUACUUAGAGAUCUAUGCAUUUGUAGUGAUAAGUAAUCUGAUUGCUACAAUAUUUCGUGCUGUUUUAUUUGCUUUCGGUGGUCUAGUCGCUGCAUCUGUUGUUCAUGAAUCUGCUUUGGACACAAUUUUGGAGGGACGACAGAAUUACUUUAAUACUACACCGCAAGGUCGUAUUCUGAAUCGUUUCUCAUCUGACGUUGGUACAGUAGAUGACGCAUUACCAUUCCAAUUAAAUAUUCUACUAGCCAGUUUAGCUGGAUUAUUGGGUGCAUUAGUUAUUGUUUGUGUAUCACUACCAACGUUAAUCUUCUUUCUGCUACCUCUUGUAUUCAUUUUCUGGUCUAUUCAAAGGCAAUAUCGUGGAGCUGCUAGAGAUCUAAAGCGAAUUUCUAGUAUUGUUCGUUCACCUGUUUAUGGUCAUUAUACCGAUACUUUAUCUGGAUUAGCAGUAAUACAUGGUUUAGGUCAAGAAAUCCGUUUUCGACAACUGACAGCUUGUAAAUUAUCUGAUCAAAUACGUGCUGAGUUAGCUAGCUUGGCUGCUAGUUGUUGGUUAAGUAUAAGACUACAAUUAAUUGGCAGUGCUGUGAUUACUGGUGUGGUCAGUGUAUCAUUAAUUGGUCGAUUAUUUGACUGGACACAUAUAGCUUCUAUUGGUUUGUCGGUUGUGUAUGCACUUAAUAUUUCCGGUUUAAUGACUAGUGUUGUGUAUGAUAUGACUGAAACAGAGAAAAAUCUUGUAGCUGUAGAACGUUGUCAAGAAUUAACUGAUGAUACUCCAGUUGAACAUGAUAUUGUUUCAAUUAAACCCAUGGGGCCUCAACCUCGUUCUUCGUCACACAGUCACCUUCGUUUGCCGAAAGAGAGGAAAAGUGGUAUUGCUUAUCCUACAGGACUACUGCCUAACUGGCCAGCAUCUGGAUCCAUUUUUUUCAACAACGUUUCGCUUACCUAUCGUCAAAACUCCCUGUCAGCUAAUGAACAAUCUGUCAAAGCUCUUGAUGAUGUCAGUUUUACUGUUAAACCCGGUGAAUGUGUAGGAAUUGUUGGCCGUACAGGAUCUGGUAAAAGUAGUCUCAUCAAAGUGUUAUUACGUCUGGUUGACCACCUCCCUGGACCGUAUACGAACCAAUAUAUAGCCAAUCAGACGGGAUUUAUAGGUGCAACCGGUCAAGUGUUUGUCGAUGGAAUAGAUGUUCGCACUAUUCCUCUCACCUUACUUCGUUCUCGGAUUCUAACUAUUUGUCAGGAACCAUUUCUCUUUUCUGGGUGCUUACGAGACAAUCUAGAUCCUGAGAAUAAGCUAAAUGAUUCUGUAUUGGAAGACGUUUUAUUGAAAUGUCAACUGGCCACAAGUCGUUUACAAGCCUCUCAGUGGUUACUUCGUGAAGUUGGUGAAUCAGGACGAGAUAUAUCUGCCGGGCAAAGGCAAUUGAUUUGUUUAGCUCGAGCUUUACUUCGUCAACCUAGGCCAAAAAUUAUUUGUUUAGAUGAAGCCACUGCUUCAGUGGACAACAAAUGUGAAGAAACUAUCAUGUAAGAUUUCAUUCUGUGUUAGUCAUUAAUUAAUAAAUUAAUUGUGUAACAUUACUGUCCAGACUUUGGUUACUGUAUAGCAUGCUCCAGCUUGUUGUAAAAAGUUAUUUAAUUAUGAUACAACUAUUAUGUCUAAAUUCACAGAGAAUUUAGAUAUGUCUUUGACUUAUCUAUUGAACGAAAUAAGGUUUAAGUUACUGUACAAAUAAUUUACCAAUUUUACUUUUUUUCUCAUUAGUUGGAUCAUAAUUGCUGGAAUUCAUAUUAUUGUUUAAAAGUUCGGAUGUUAUAACUCUCAUAUCUCUUUUAAUGCUUAAUCCUUUCUUCCAUUACUCAGUGAAUCGAAUUCUAUAUUCUUAGUGAUUUCUAACUGGCUGAAUUAUUCAUCUGUAAUUUCGACAAUAACAUAUUCAGUUUCAGAUAACAUCUUGAUGUGGUUCCUUUUUAAUUCUUCCACAAUCAGAUUUAUUUGAACAGCUAACUCAUUUCCAUGUAUUUAAAGCGGAAAUUAACAAAUUAUGUGUUCAACACAUUACUUUCCACCUUGUAUUGUAUUUUAUUAGUUAAUUGGCAUUUUCUUUCUGUCUUAAAUGGUCGUGAAAUCGUAUGGUCUAGAUUUACGGGCCUGUCAGCGUCAACUACCUCGCCAUGUUUCAGCAACAUUUCGAUUAUGACCUUAAGUUAUCGACGUAUGAGAUAUGGAUAACUAGUUUAUCAGUUUGUUUGUUUUUUAUACUAUCCUCUCGUUUUGUUAAUUAAUUUAAACGAAAAUACAAACUUGACGUAUUUUCAAUGGGCUAAUAGUGUUCAGAAGUUAUUUAGUAUAUAGGUUAAACUUUAUUGCACAGAAUACAAUCUCUAACUUUCCUUCUUUAUCAUUAGUUCUCGUGACAAAAAUAUAUUUGACUGAGCAGACUAUAUUCUGAUAUUUUCUUCCUUGCUAAUAAGUUGAAGAAAAAGUAACUACUGACACGUAUAAGUUCUACUAAUGACUAAUUUCCUACUUAAUAACGAAAUGUACUAUAACAAGAAUACAUAUGUCACUUAUGUAACAGUGUUUUAACAUUUAUUUAUAUUUUCCAUACAAACAGCAAGUCCUUGACCAAGAAUUUCAA